GACGUCAGGUAAACGCUACCAGGCAAGCUAACGUGGUUUAAAAAUCGUAUUUUGGAAAGCUGCAGAAAACUCAAUUUAAUUACGUUGAAUUUCGCCCUCGCUUGGUUUUUCUUGCUACAAAAAGGAAACCGGAACAACGAAACUGGAAAUCCGUCGAUUUUAAGAUUGUUGAUUAGUAGUCAAAGACUUUGCCCGCUUGGUCCCGUAAUGGUGCCCUACAUAAGCGCUUAAAAGGUGGAUGGACUGAUGGCCGCCGACUCUCUGGCCCCGGUCUCUGGAAAGGCGCUGGAAAACAAGGGGCGAAGCGAAUGGCGAAUUAAACGGAGCCAGUGUACCGGAUGAACUGCAGUGUGAAACUGGAGCUUUGGGUGAAACCGUCGCGGCGAGCCGGUGGGAGGCGGCUCCGCGCUGAGCGGCGGCGGGAUGCGGCGGAUUAGGGCUGCCUGCGUGGUCCGGGCUCCAGCGCGCCGCCGCUCCCUCCCGGCUUUCAAAUUAAAAGCAACUAGUGUCGCUCUGCCCUGCUGCUCGGCACGCUGCCUAGCCGAGCCACUUCUCAGCUGCAAAUGGUCAUUUUCUGCAAAAAACACCAGUAUUUUUUCAAACAUUUAUUGAACGUUUGUAUGCAUUCUUCCUUUGUCCCGAUACAAGCGCUUUAGCGCAGCCGUAGGCUACAAACACACCCCCAACGCUUUGAUUUAUGUCCUCUGAUUUAAGGUUUGCGUUUUAUUGGGAAUAAAAAGUAAAAUACCCCCGACUUUUUCCUGCAAGCGUCGAGAUUCUAGCGUUUUGCUGUCGCAUAGCUUGGAAACGUUGCCUGCUCGGUUUACAGCGUAGCGGAGACUAGGUUUCUAUGUAGGUCAGGCUGGGUCUAAGCAGCUUUCCCGAAUCUGCGUCAGCUUAAGCUGAAAGGAAUUUCAAUAAAGCCCUCCCUGGUAGGCGUGGGCCUAAAUGAGGCUGGCCUAGUUAAGCCUGAUUCCUUUUUGUGUGCGCGUUGUGUGACGGAAGGGGAAGCAGGGUCUGCUGUGCGUGCGCGUGCGAGGGUGUAUGUGUUUGGGAAAAGGAGAAGAAGGGGGUGAGGAGGAAUUUUCGAAGUAUAAUUGAGAAGGAAAUAGAAAUCAAGGGAGGAGGAGGGAAUAAAGGAACAAAACAGAAAAGGCCAGCACAGCAUGAGCAAGAAUGGCUGCUGUGUUCAUGGCAACCAGCAUGGUGGGGAAAUCCCGGUCGUCCAACUUCACACUCUCUGAGAAGCUGGACCUGCUGAGGUUGGUCAAGCCGCACAUCCGCAUCCUGGAGGAGCACACCAACAAGCACGCGGUGAUCGUGGACAAAAACAAGUGCUGGGACAGCAUCGCAGAACAGUACAACGCGCUGGGGGGGGACCGCCCCCCACGCACGGCGCAGGGCCUCCGCACGCUCUACAAGCGGCUGAAGGAGAAUGCCAAGCAGGAGAUGGUGCAGAGGAAGCACGCCCAGCCGGAGUACCGGGGCAACAUCUCCGAACCCACCAAGAGAGUCAUCGAGAUGAUCCCACAUCUGUUCCAUCCGCUGCAUGAGAAGGACCUCCACGCCCUGCACAGGAUGCCCUACAAGCACGACUCCCCAGUUGAGCAUCCAGGAAGCAGUUCCUCUGUGCCAACGCUGUCCGACUACCAGUCCGUCGCCGCCAUCGUGCCUGUGCGGCUGGAACAGGAGGUGGACGUCAAGCCCCCGCCAGACCUGACCAUCCUGUCCACCCGCGUGGAGAGCGUCGAGGAGGACGUGGCCUCUGAGCACGGUUUCGACGGGUCUAUCUCACCCUGCCCGUCCUCCAUGAACCUAGCCAUGUCGCCGUCCCCCGUGGCGGUGCGGCGGGACCUGUACGCCCGGCCGGAGGGUCUGCGGCAGCUACAGGGCCUGGAGCCUGAGAGUCUGCAGCUAACCCGGGAGGAGCAUGAGCUGCUGAUGGACAACCAGCGCAAGCUGGGCCUCUACAUCGAGGAAAAGCGCGAGGGCUUGAAGCGGAAACAGCAGCUGGAGGAGGAACUUCUGCGAGCUCGGAUCAAGGUGGAGAAGCUGAAGGCCGCCAGGCUGCGCCACGGACUCCCCAUCCCCCACAUAUGAGUCCUUGGGGGGCGGAGCCUAUGGCCACCGCUGUUUGUUUAUUGAACCCGUUUGGGAUUCGCUUGAACAGGGCGUACUUGUGUCCGCAACCUUUUGGCCGUUUGAAGCAGCAGAAGAGGGAAGCCCCUGUUUGGGGAAACAAACGACGGAAAACGAACGUGGCGGUCGGACAGCUCAUUGUGAGGAGUGUCACUUUACACAUACAGUGUUUAUAAAUUAGUCAUGGCCAAAAGUUUUGAGAAUGACACGUUUAUUGGUUCUCACAAAGUUUGCCGCCUCAGUGUUUGUAGAUCUUUCUUGUCAGAUGUUUGUACAGUGUACUGAAGUAUAAUUACAAGCAUUUCAUAGGGGUCAAAGGCUUUUAUUAACUGUAUUAAGUUUAUGCAAAGAUCAUAUUUUCCGGUGUUGGCCCUUCUAUUUUAAGAUCUGCAAUUUGCCCAAAAAUGCUGCCAAUCAUGUGACUGAUGGCAGCCCAUUCUUACAUAAUCAGUGCUUGGUGUUUGUCAGAAUUUGUGGGUUUUUGUUUGUCCAGCCAUCUCUUGAGGAUUGAAGUUCUCAAUGGGAUUAAGGUCUGGGGAGCUUCCUGGCCAUGGACCCAAAAUGUCGAUGUUUUGUUCCCCGAGCCACUUUUGCCUUAUGGCUCGGUGGUCCAUCAUGCUGGAAAAUGGAUCGUUUGUCAUCAAAUUGUUCUUGGAUGGUUGAGAGAAGUUACUCUCGGAGGAUGUUUUGGUACCAUUCUUUAUUCACUUUGGCAGAAUUGUGAGUGAGCCCGCUCCCUUGGCUGAGAAUUAACCCCAAACAUGAAUGGUCUCAGGAUGCUUUACUGUUGGUAUGACACCAGACUGAUGGUAGAGCUCACCUUUUCUUCUCCGGAUAAUCUUUUUUCCAGAUGCCACAAACAAUCGGAAAGGGAAUUCAUCUGAGAAAAUGGCUUUACCCCAGUCCUCAGCAGUCCAAUCCCUGUACCUUUUGCAGAAUAUCAGUCUGUCCCUGACAUUUUUCUUGGAGAGAAGUGGCUGCUUUGCUGCCCUUCUUGGCACCAGGCCAUCCUCCAGAAGUCUUCGCUUCACUGUCCAUGCAGAAGCUCUCACACAUGCCUGCUGCCAUUCCUGUGCAAGCUCUGCACUGGUGGUGCCCCGAUCCCGCAGCUGAAUUAACUUUAAGAGACGGUCCCUGCUGGACUUUCUUGGGCACCCUGAAACCUUCACAACAACUGACCCUCUCUCCUUGAAGUUUCUGAUGAUCCGAUAAAUGGUUGAUUUAGGUGAAAUCUUACUAGCAGCAAUAUCCUUGACUGUGAAGCCCUUUUUGUGCAAAGCAAUGAUGACUGCACAUGUUUCCUUGCAGGUAACCAUGGUUAACAGAGGAAGAACAAUGAUUUCAAGCCCCACCCUCCUUUUAAAGCAUCCAGUCUGCUUAUUCUAAGUCAGUCAGCAUGACAGAGAGAUCUCCAGCCUUGUCCUCAUCAACACGCUCACCUGUGUGUAUGGGAGAAUCAAUUAAAUGUCAGCAGGUCCCUUUGUGGCUGGGCUGAAAUGCAGUGGAAAUGUUUUUUUUGGGAUUAAGUUCAUUUUCUUGGCAAAGAGGGACUUUGCAAUUAAUUGCAAUUCAUCUGAUCACUCUUCAUAACAUUCUGGAGUUUAUGCAAAUUGCCAUCAUAAAAACUGAGGCAGCAAACUGUGAAAAUUAAUAUUUAUGUCAUUCUCAAAACUUUUGGCUAUGGCUGUACUGUCUUCAGAUGAGCAGAGACUGCAGAAUAGUGUGUGCUAAUCUCAACUUGGUUCUUUAAAUGACGGAUUUUGUUACUACUGAAUAUGAAAUAAAAUGUUUUUAGAAA